CUUGCGAUCACAACACGUCACAUGACCAGAGUCACCCUGGCAGUUAUUAAAUGCACGCGAACAUGUUGAACAUCUCUCAGUUCGUUCUCUCUAGCUACGGUUGUUGCUGAGCUGACAGCAAUACUUAUCUGCCAACAAAACCGUCCGCUCUGAACAGCACUGCAGUCGAUUCCGUCUCUUAUUUGUUUAGCUAGCCAGUUUUAGCUACGUUUUCAUUGUUGUGGAUCUUGUUAGCAAAUUACUUGGAGAUUUUCUUGUUUGGUAAACGUUUGUAAACAAUCGAAUUUGUAAGAUCAGCUGAUCUUCACACAAAGCAUCUUUCUGCGGUUGAUCAGAAGAACCCAAACAAACUCAGGAUGACUACCAACGCUCAGCAGGCGAAGAGUUGCCCCAUCCCUACCCGGGUUCUCACCCUGAAAGACUGGUCUCAGCUCCCCGACUGCUACAGUCAGACUCCCGGGGGUACUCUCUUCUCCACAACGCCCGGAGGAACACGCAUUAUCUACGACAGGAAGUUCCUCCUGGACUGUCGGAACUCUCCCAUCGCCCGUACCCCCCCCUGUUGCCUGCCCCAGAUCCCUGGGGUGACGGUGCCCGCUCUGCACCCUCUGGGCAAACUACAGGAGCUAAAAGAGGAGCUGGAGGAGGAGGAGAAGGACCUGGCAGAUGACAGCCAGUUUGAGAUGGACAUCUGAGCAGCAGCUCAUUGCCUCCUGUGGAGAGAGCUGUUGUAUCUUCUGUUCUGACGUCUGAUUGGUCCUUUACGACCAGCAUGCGUCACAUAUUCACCUUCUUCAACUAUCUUUAAAAAAAACUUUUUGUUGAGGAAACUCCCCAAAAGAAAAAGAGAAUGGGGGUAUGUUGAGUUAGAAAACAAUGAAUCACCGCUGUAUAAAGCACAGAAUGCUUCAAUGGUUGCAGAUUCCUGUUUGAGCUGCAGGGUUGGAAGAAGCAAUGUGUUUGUUGGACAGUUUUUGAUUUGUACAUAAGUCUACCGUACUUUUAAUUUUUUUUAAAGGAGGGAAAUGUUCGAUUUUACAUUAAACAUACAGGGACCGCAGGAUUGGUCAUGAAGGCAGAGUUGCUGCGUUGUUUUUUAAAACUAAUACUCCCAUUUUGGAGUGGCUGCUGGGCCUAUGAGGGGUCACCCUGUCUGAGCCUGGCAUAAGGUUAAAGGUCAGAGGUUGGGGGUGACUGUUAGACAGGCUCCUCCAUGCGUCUGCCUGUGGAGGAGGAAUUGAAAUGUAUUAAAAUUCAAAAUAAAAUAAAGACAAAACCUAAACUUGA